AUGGAAGUAACUGAUGGCCCUGGUUUAAGUCACUCAUCUGACCCAACUUCAGAGGAUGUCCGGUUAGAAGCUUCAGCCUACAAGGAGACUAUGCUGCUGUUGGAAGAGCUUAGCGUGGUUCAUACGGGUUCUGCUACUUUGUUGAAAAUGCAAAACAUACUUCUUGAAUAUGAACAGAGAAUAGAACGUCAGAAAAAUCGGUAUAAAGCGCUCUCAAGAGAAGUAAGGAAAUUGGAAGAUGAAAGGGAGGAGUCACAGUUCAGAGCGGAGAAGACUCAAGAUUUGAAAUCCGUGUCGGCUCACCAAGAAGCGGAAUGGAAAAGGGGUAUCCAAAGCCUUAGAUCUUCUUUGAAACAAGAAGAAGAAAAGAGGCUCAGAGUAGAAGUGCUGUGUGAGAAAAGGAGAGAAGACCUCCGAAGGAAAGAAGAUCAAUGUUGUAAAGAGAUGGAGGAGAAACAGAAACUUGAGUUACAGUCUAGGAAUUUAGAAAUGGAGUUAAGAACACUGAGAAAGCUCUUGAAACAGGUUGAAGAGGAACGUGAUGAAACACAGAGACAGCGCUCUCAGGAAAAGAGGGCCAGAGCCCUUCAAGAAGGAAUUUUGAACAACCACCUUGGGAGACAAAAGGAACUAGAAGAAGAGACAAGAAGAUCUAUAGGAAAAAAAUCAGAGGAAUCCCGCACUGAUAGAGAACAGGAUCUGUUGUACAAGAAUCAGUUACUACAAGAUGAGAUUGCUAUGCUAAGGCUAGAACUCACUCAAGUAAGACUUAGGCACCAGGAGGAACAAGGAAAAUAUUUAAAGGAAAAUGAGACCUUGAAAGAAAAAAAUGAAGCUCUCAAAAAGGAACUUAAACUGCACAAGGAAGCAUUAAGACAAAUGUUUUUUCAGUUCAACGCGGAGCUGGACUUAGUAAAGAGAGAAUCUGCAGUGCUGACUUCCAAACUUGAGCAGACAAACAAAAGCAAAGACAGACUAGAGACAGAAAUUGAGUCAUUGCGUUCCUCCCUGAACGCUGCAGUUCAAGAACUUGAACUUCAUUUGUCAUCAGAAAGCAAUGCUGAACGAAGAUUUCCCAGAGAACGUGAUGAAUGCCUUUGCUUGCAAGUCGAGCUCCAUCGUGACCUCUCUGACGUGCAAGAAACCAACAAGAGCUUGUCUCUGCAGCUGUGUAAAGCUAAAAGCAAAGCUAAUAGGCUAGAAAAUGAGCUUCACCAGUUGAAGCAAAUGCUCGGAGAAAAAGCUUUGCUUUUAGAAAUGAAAAAAGAAUUAAGUCAAGGCCAGUGUCGGGCAAAGGAAUGUGAUCAGGCUCGACAACUUGAGAAAGAUCCAGUAAGCAAACUUGUAAUAAAACAGGAGUCCCUGCAGGAGCGAUUGGCCCAGCUCCAGAGUGAAAACCUUUUACUCCAUCAGCAAUGGGAAGAGAUGCAGAACAAGAGGAUCAUGAAAGAAAAAAUAGCGGAUUAUGGGCAGGAGCGUUUUAAAGACAUUUUCAACAAACUUAGAGCUGAUACAGAAAAGCAAGUUUAUCUAAUAGAAGAGCGAAACAAGGAUUUAAAUGCCAAGCGUACUGAUUUAAGGGAACAAGUCUUUAAAUACGAGACUGACGUAGUAGAAAGACAGGGCAUGUUUGGACAACUGCAGCAGGAGCUUGCUGAUGCACUUAAAAAGCAAUCUAUGCCAGAAGCUUCACUUGAAGUUACUACGCGCUACCACAGUGACCUGGAGAGAGACAAGCUGCGCUUGCAAAAGGAGUUGGAAAAAACGGUGAAAACUAAGACGCAGAAGCAGAACAUGCUGGCUCUGACAUCCAAGGACUUGCACAGCACGUGGGAGGAGCACUUGAAGUCAAGAUCCCACCUUGAAGAGCGCGUUGCUCAGCUGGACGAGGAGAAGGCUGAACUGUUGCAACAGUGCGAGAGUGAAAGAAAGGAAGUGAAGAAGCUGGUAGAGUUGAAACGCCCAGCUGAACUACGUCUGGCCCAAGAAAUGAAAAGAAACCUCGAUCUGCAGAAAGACUGUAAGAGGUUGAAGAGGCUGCUGAGCAGAGCUACGAAGGAACUAAGGGUGUAUGAGGAGAGAGGGGGACUGUCCCAGCUUAAUUUGCAGGGAGAAGUGAAGAACAGGUAUUCUGAAGUGGUCAAUGAAAUUGGCAGAUUAAGAACAAAGGUUGAUGAACUUUCCCAGCAGCUGGAGAUAGAGCCUAAAAAAGGCAUGCAGCUAGAAGCACAAAAUCAUGAUUUGCGAGAGGAGUUGUCCACCAUGCGUGGGAACCAUGAAAAACUGGAGAAGAGCAAAAGCCAGCUGAAAGAAGAGGUGGCUAAUCUCAAACACCAUAUGGAGACUAACAUGGUGGAUCGCAGCCAAAUAGAACAAUCCAAAAGAGAGGUGGAAGAGUGAGCUGAACAAGAAAUAAGACAAAAACGGCAAGAAGUCAAUCUGAUUUUGCAGAUGCAGGCAGCCUCCCAGGACAGAUUAGAACAAAUCAGAGCCAGUCGUCAUGCUUUGCUGACAAGCCAGCUAGAACACAGAAUUGGAGACCUCGAACGUGAAUUGGACAGGAUAAAAAAUACCCAACGAGACAGUAUUUUUCAAAAAGAAUCUGUACAGGCAGAAGCGGAAAAGUACAAAGACCUGUAUCUGGAGGAAGUUAAAAAUGGAAGGUGCCUAGGAAAUAAACUGGAAGGAGCUAAUGAGAGAUGAGCAGAAGCCAACGCUAAGCUCCUUCAGGAGUGCCAUGGAAGCAAACCUUUAAUUGCAAGCAGCGCUGUCAGUGCUCCAGUUCUGUAUUCAACUGAACUGGGACAUAUUAGCAACAAUCCGGCACUGAAUAGAAGUCUAAAUCUAGGAGGAAGCUUCCUAACCCCGACCGUGAAUACGUUACCAUCAAGAAACAGAGUUGAAGCCUAUGUGGCUAAGGUACGGCAGGAACUAGAUGAAAGAAUCGCUAAAGAACUUAAACAAGCCACUGCUGAACUUGAAGCUGGAUCUGCUGGAGCUUCUCCCAUGGUAUCUUCUGACGGAUCUUCAGAAAGUAUCCACGUUGAGGAUCCCCUUUGCAGGGCAGUACAGGAGCACCGCGAUGUUUUAACCAAAAAUUACCUGAUUUGAACAAAAUGCUGGGAAAAAAGCUCUGGAAAUCAUUUUGUUUACAUAGUGCGUCUAUAGUUUCUCAUCCCACAGUUCAGAUGGGGAAAAUGUGUUUAUUGCAGUCCGAAUGUGAAUUCUAGGUCUAUUAAAUGGAUGUCAAGCACAUUGCACUUGCCUGUUGGUUUAUUGAUGCAUAGGUGUUUUAUUUUGCACUCGCCACGAGAAGCACACCUAUUUUUGUCGGACUAGCAGAAUGACUCACCUUGAUUCUUGAGCGUGACAGAAUUGUCAAAAUGUUUCUUGUUAACGUAGAAGCAUUAUUUUUUCUCCACUGAUGUUCUGUGUUUUAACAAAAGCAUUCCCUUUGUUCUGCUUAAUCCUUUCACCCUAUGUGUUUUUAAUGUUUCCAGUGUUACUUUAAUGCUUAGGACAUCAUUUGAUGUGAUUUGAGCCUGCUGCUUCAGUCCAGAUGCCGUGACUGCUUCUGCCGAUAAAGUGAAAUCUUUACCAGUGGUCAUGCUGGAGGACGGGGCACUUCACGUUGCUGUCACCUUAUGCGCCUUAGGUUUAACAUUACUGUGAGUGUGUAGCAGUGCAGAGAGAGCUAUGUGGUGGGUUUGGUAUGUUUGUUUUGGAUCACAGGACCACGGAACGGGUGAGGUUGGAAGGGACCUCUGGAGGUCAUCCGUUCUAGCUCCCCUGCUCAGGGAAGGCCGCCCAGAGCUGGUUGCCCAGGACCAUGCUGGCUUUUGAGUAUCUCCCAGGAUGGAGCCUCCAUGGGCAGCCUGUGCCAGUGCCCAGUCACCCUGAUCGGAAAGAGGCAUUUCCUGACGUUCAGCCCCAGCCCUCUGUGUUUCCGUUUGUGCCCGUGGCCCCUCACGGUAUUCAUCUUGGGGUUUGUGUUAAAGGCCGCUGCAGCUGUAGACGUUCCCAGUUACUACAUCGGCAGCUGCGCUGUACCUGAAACACUUCAUGUGCGGGAAAAAUGAAUGUUAAAGUAUUAACUUCCAGUCUCCUCAGUACUUUCCAAACCUUGUAUGAUAGGGCAGCCAAUCUUUUUGUUGCUGCUAGCAGCUGACGAUACGGUGGCGGUAGCCCAGAUGGUAGCCAGUGUUCUGGGACAUUUGUGUCAAUAAAAGAAGCAGGUUUACUUAUUUCAGGGAGUUACCUGUUACUGAAGAUCUGUGUUGUCAUUUCCUGUGCACAGAAGUCAGUAGUGAUCAGAAGAUGACAGAACAAAGUCCCAGUUCUGGGAAAGGAAGAAUGGUUGUCCCGAGAUCAAUUAAGACUGGAAAAAUCUGGGGGUUUUACCCACUAAUUCAAGGACCUGAGUUAACAGGCAGUGAGGAAAGCAAUGAAUGUUGCUGUGACGCUGUUCCUCUUUAUAUGAAUACAUAUUUGUGAAGUUAAUAUACUGUAUUUAAUUCCAGGUAUUCUGUUUCAGCUUGAAAUUUAAUAAACUUUGUCAUCUAAUAUAUGUCUUUGUUUUAUCG